UUCUCUCGAACCCUAGAAUAUCGAAAAAAGUGCAAUCACCUCCAAUGUCAAAAGAAUGGAACAAAGUCUGUUCAAAAUAUCGAAGCUGACUUAUCUCGGUCUAUGAUGAAAACGUUAUACAGCAACAAUAUCGAGAACGAGAAGGAAUAUCAUGGGAUCAGUAAGCGUAGUAGACAACCAUUACUAGACUUUUAUCAUACAACCAACUGGCUAAAACGACAACGCAGAACAAGACUGUGUCAAACAGAAAAAGCGUACGCCAAGUCAGCCAAAAGUUUAUUAGGAGGUCAGAAGGCAAUCUGCUUCUACGGUGAUGCUGGACGUGGAUACGGAUCAAGAAUCGGUGGCCAUACUCGUGGCAGUCAUGAUGUUUUUAUCGGGAAGCUCUCUGAAAAAGCUACAGUGGUGUCUAUUGAUGAAUAUCGUUCUUCAAAAUUGUGUGCCUUCUGUCACAUGCCCAUCAUUCAUCCUGUCAAGACAAACAAGGACAAAUCAAAGAAGAUCACCAAUUUAGGAACGGUUGUUUGCAUCAACCCUGAUUGCAUCAGCCGGAAGAAUGGAUAUGCCGCCAGAGGACGAGACGAAAAUGCUUCUAUCAACAUAGCAAUGAUCGGAUAUGAACAGCUCGCCUUUUGUCAAACAAUUCAACAAUUCGAACGAUCUUCUCUUCAUGCUGGAGGUUUGAAAGGGAAGGUAACACUUGUAUAGUGUUGGGCUUACGCCCGAUUAGAAAACUCUUUUCACAUCUCUUUUUUUUUUCUUUUUUUUCUUUUUUCCUUCCUUUACCAUCAUUUUAUUUUAUUUUUUUUAAAAAAAAAAUAUGAAAUUAUUGGGUAUUACUCUUCUUAUCGUUUGCUUGGUUCAAUGGGUUCAAGCUUUACCUUCUUUUCAUUUACAAGAUCAACUGGGUGAUUUCGAAGAACAAACUUCCACCAAACUUAUUCAAAACUGUGGUGAUGAGGAUGAUUUACUUACGUAAGAAUAAUCCCAAAUAAUAAUAAUAAUAAUA